AUGGCCAAUCCAACAGCUUUACCCUUGACCAUGAAGGCACAGCUGCUCAAGGCUUACAAUCAGCCAUACGAGUAUUGCGACAUACCUUUACCUUCCAUGGAAGAACCCCAUGAUGUCUUGAUCAAGGUCGAGGCCGCUUCCUACUGCCAUACAGAUGCUGUUCUUGCUGCAGACAAGAUGGCACCCAAUCCGCCAUCAUUUCCACACAUUGGCUGUCAUGAAUUUGCGGGCACAGUAGUAGCAUUGGCAAACCCGGCCGUCUCACUCCGUGUUGGCGACCGAGUUGGCGUGGGGGGCCGAUCUUUUCGUCCUUGCACGACAUGCUUUGAGUGCAUGUCCGGUCCGAGUGCGGCGAACCCAGAUGCAGAUUCCCCUAAUGGCAUCCCUUACGUCGUUUAG